AUUACACUUAUUAAAUUUCGUAGGUAUAAUUACAGUUAUCUCGUCUGUUUUCAUUUCGUCUUCAAUAUUAUAUGUAUGACAGGCACAGCUACAUUUUUCCACAGCCAUAUAGAUUGUUGCAAUCGGACAGUGACAUUUUCCAUCUCUUGUUUACAAUUUUACAAUGCACAAAUUGUUUGUCAGUUAAACCUUAUUUAUUACAUUAUUAUUUAUCACUGAUUAAUUGUUUCAUGACGAAAUUAAUAAGUCCGUAAAGUUCAAUACGACAACAUCAAGCAAGAUAAUCCUCAUGGCCUAUCAGAAUCCAACAUUUAUCAUAAAAAAUAUUGAUCCUCAAUAUACAUCACUGGAAAAUAGGGAUUACGACUUCGUUAACAACUGGAUAGAUGUAUCCGUCGAAAACGAAGUUUGGCGGGGUAAAAAGCUCCGGGAGGGGAAGCCAAUACCGAUUAAAAUAAAAGAUGAUUACGAUGUUAUUAAUAUUGAUUACCUUGAUCCAGUCUGCAAUGCAAAACGACAACGUAGAAGGCCGACCUCAGCUUCAAGUGCUUAUACGCAGCAUGAAGCAAUGGCAAGAACAAACACAGGUCGGAAGAAGACUAAGCACCAUAAUAAAAGAUGUUCCAUGAGGAUAGCUGAACUGGCUGUUCCUACAAAACGCCAGUGCAUCGACACUUGGAGGAAUAAAUCAUCUUUGCUACCAGAAUUCAUGGUGGACAGAUUAAAGCAGCACGUUAUGGAUCAGAGGCCAGUCGUGCAAAUACCAGAAGCGAUAUACUGUUUCCAAAAACGACAAAGACCGCAUUCAGCAAAAAAUACUUCAUACAAGUCUUCGACGUCAACGAAAAACAAUGCUACUCGCAACAUCUUGAAACCUCUGCGUCAAUUGGACAUGAAAUCAUUAUGCAUAAUAUUUGGAAAUAAAAUUGAAAAAAUGUUGUUAACACCGAUGAAUCUAACUUUGAACACCAAUAUGAAAAACUUAUCCAAAGUCGUAGCAUGUGACAUUGCUCAGAUUAUGAAGACUUCAAAAUUGAAUAUAGAACAAGAUCUCUCUAGAUCUAUGCAGCUAGAGGUGGCUAACAAAGUAACAGUCUGGAUAGCAGGCAUUCUAGAGGAUUUGACAUUCAAGCUCUUGGAGGAAGAUUUGAAAGAUUUGGAGGAGGAAGAGGGACCGGUAUUGGACCUCCUCGAUGGUUUGGUAGAUAACGUUUUGAACAUCUGCGAACCUCCACCAGUAUACAUUGAUGAAACCUCCUCCUCGUCUUCCCCGAAGAACGAAGUACUAGAAGAAGAAUCCUUAAAAUCACCUGAUAGUAAUAUUGAUGUAAAUGUAAAAAACAACUCGCCGUUCGAUGACAUAACCUUUUCAGUAGAGCAAAUUCAAGACAAAGCGCAAGAUUUGAUUGGAGAUUUAGAAGAUUACAAAGAAAUUACAGAUGAGGAAUUUAUUAAAAAUACAGUUUAUAAUAUUAUAAAGAGUAUUGAUAAACAAUCUGAUGAGGUGGACAGUGAGAAAUCUGAUUUAACUGAAAAUUUGGCGGAUCAAACUAACAAAGAAUUUAGUGAUGAAAAUUUAGACCCAGAAUUUGAAAAUGAGGGUGAUAAAGAAUUUGAUAAUGAAGAGAUAGUAGGCGAUAUCAAUGAAGGAUCUGGAGAAGCUAUUGAAGAUGAAGAAAUAUCUCUAGCGCAGGACGAAAAUGAUAACGGUGAUUAUGACGAAUCUAACGAUACAAAAAGUGAUAGUUUCGACAAUAUAAAAGAAAAUGAUAUAUUAGAAGAAGAAGAUAUUGCAGAUAAAAAUGAUUCAAACGUGAGUGACGUAUUUGACCUUUUAACCGAAGAUGGUGAUGCCAAGAAAAGCAAAUCUGUAAACUUACCUAUAACAGAUUUCGUAAACUCAGACGUCGAAAACAUUAGAACCAGUAUCGCGGAUAAUUUCGUUCAACAAGAGAAAACUGGAUCAGAUUCCCGGGGGAACACUACUAAUGAAAAAAAUAGGCCUAACAUCAUUUUUGCAGAACCUAAUGAAUAUUUACUAAGUGACGCAGACGAAACAUGGCCAUUAGAAAUAAAUUCAGAUAGAACUUAUCUCAAACUCAGUGAGAGUGUCAGUAAAUCAGUCACAUCACUUGGCAAUAUCUUUGAAAGUGAGGAUGAAGACAAAACAGGAGACAAAAGUAGUCCGAAAGAAGAAACAAGGCAACAGCUGCACCAAAAAAUUAUGGACAAUAUUUCAUCAGAACAAAGACACUCAGUAGAAGUUGUGGUAAAUACCAGUAAAUAUGAUAUUGGAAAUCAGAUAAAUGGUGUUCUUAAAACCGCAACAAAAGAAACUACUACGAAUCAAACCAUAGCUACUGAUACUAACCUGGAUGAAGAACCACAAGACAAGAAAUCUCUCGACACAAAACCUGUCGAUGCCAAACCUAUCGAAAAGAAAACUAUCGAUAAAACUGUCGAAAAGAAACCUGUCGACACGGAACCUUUCGAUAAAUUUGAAGUAACCGUCCCUCAACCACAUAAAACUGCCAUGCUACAUACAAAACAAAAAACAUUUACGGAGAGACCUAAAUACAAUGAAAUUAAAAUAGAUAACACAGGCCAUUAUAAAUCUGGAAGUGCAUCAAGUUUAUCCACUAAACCAGAAGAGGAAACAAUAAGAAGUCACAAAACCCAAUCACAUAUAGAUUAUAGUUGGAAGGUCCAUCCGAAGACAGCGCCAUCUUGGGUGAGGUCGUGGGGACAAGGUCAGGGAGAGCCGAGUGAAGAUUCGAUUCCGAUUCAAAUUAGACCAACGAGGGUCAAAGAAAGCGAAAUGCGUAAAUGGUGCAAAGAUUUAGAAAAAGCAUACAUAAAUCUAGCAAUGUGGAGUGAGUGGAUAGAUACCACGUGCAAAGAAACUAUUUCGUUAUUGAAACGAAAAGAAACUGCGUGUUCAAGUUUGGGUAAGAGAAAUACAUCUGAUUGGAUUAGGUUCAAGAAAAAUAUUAAUAAAGAUGCGAUUUUGUGGACCAAGUUGUACCAACGCACAGAAGAUAAUUUCAAAAGUUUAAAAAGGAAAUAUAACAAUGUUGAGAUUGUCUCAGCGGAAUACUGUGCUAUGUGUACUUGUAAUAAAACUAGGAAAAAUUUGAAUAUUGAAUACCUGUGAUGUGUAUCAAGUAUUAAAAAUGUUAAGAAAAGAAAAUCCAUAUUGGAACGAAUGUUAACAAUAAAACGAAUAUGUCCAAUAGACAGACCCAUUUUGAAGAUUUAAUUGUGUUAUCUGAAAUUAGAAAAUUAUUUUGUUAAACUUUGGGAUGGUGAAAACGAAAUAAUAAAUUUAAGGGAUAGCAACAUGACAAAAUUCUUUCAAGAUGGGGUCAAGCCUACAAUAGCAGAUUGAUCCAUGACAAUGAUGGUGUUGCAAGCAGAGUCCAGCUGCUUGGCAAAUGUCUGACCUCUCUUGGCCACAUGUGCACAUACAACAAGUCCACUCUCACACCCAACAAUUAAUAGUUUGUUAUUGGUGCCAACCUGCAAUGUGACAGUUUUGUCUAUAAAUAAACCUUUUAGUAUACAG